UGGCCCAAAAUGUAACUUGCAACUUGAAGUUGCCACGCUCAUGACUCCGAGCACUGCGGCUGCCGAGAGCUUCAAAUUUCUCAGAGCUGCAGCCAAGUUAGAUUUCUAGAUAUUAGAGAGAUACGAUUGCUCUCGCCGUACACACGACACUCGUUCUAAAUGAAUUCCCUAAAGUUUGCUGCUUUACCCGGCGAUCUUCUAUUGGAGGUGACAUCAUGUCUAUCCUCUAGAACGGAUGUCCUCAAUCUGGCACUCUCAAGCAAACACUUGUUCACUAGCAUAUGCCCUGUAUUGUAUGCCCGUGUGCACCUUGGAACUGCAGAACAAUGCCAGCGAACUCUGUCGAUGCUCCGUUCUUGCCCGAACGUUGCGCGCCAUGUCCAGAAACUCUACAUUCGAUUUUCCUCCACCUCCUCCGACUAUAUGGUCGAUAUCAAUGGAAUUGCAAUAUCAGCGCUGCUGAGGGAACUUGCACCGAAACUGGACGCGCUUCAUACUUUCAUCUGGGAUGCGGAUGAGAUUCCGCAAUGCGAUGAUAUGUGGUUCGCCCUACGAAUGUCGUGCCCAGGGCUGCGCACACUUGGCACAUGUUACGGAUCUGUGAUACCCAGCCAACGAAGUCAUUUGUUGGAAUUCAAGAACCUCCGUGGGUUCUCGUUGACCCUGAAACAUGGAUACUACGCCCAUCAUUCGGAUGACUUUCAAGAUGCUCUUCCUUUCGAUGGUCGCCUUUGGGAUAUGCUGAUCCGGCGUUCCCCGGACCUCGAGGAGCUGCAUGUCUUAGGUGGACCGUUGAUUCUAGACGGAACAGUGCAUCCGCUCUGCAACGCACGCUGGCCUCUCCUGCAUUCCCUAUCUCUAGGGGAUCUCAUGUUAGAUUGGUCUUCAGGACCAGGAUCCAUGUCUUCCAAGCGCCCCUUCAUAGCCUUUUUGGAGGCUCAUCAGCGUCUGCGAUUUUUUCGUACAUCUCGUACUGCAUUGAGUCCUCAUAUGCUCCCUUCACUCGAUCCAUCCGCAUUACCACACCUUACCCAUUUUGCUGCGAUCGAGGAACCGCUAAUCAUCCGUGAUCUCGCACCUCUUUUAGUUACAGGGGUAUUGCAGAACCUGCGCUGCCUUACUGAACUUCGCAUUGCCUUUAUUUUCCAUUCUUCAUACGAAAGUGGGAACUUGAUUAGAAACCUUGUAAGCACUUGCCCUGGACUGACCACGUUGGAGAUAACAUGCGCGAGAAGGUCAUCUUCAAAGUUGUAUGACACACUAGCCAAAUCCGCCAGCUGCCUCCCUCGGCUGCGUCACCUACGGUUGACGCUAGUUCCGGUAGCCACAGAGGACUCAUUGCAUGUUUGCGCAUCUCAUGUCGUACAAGCGAUCCCACGCUUACACUCAUUUACACUGACGUUCAUUUCCACCUCGCUUCCUCUAUCUCUUACCCCCGUCGAUUUUGACCUGUAUGAGGAGAGUGGAAACUACGCUAUUCGUAUCGACGAACAUGGGCUCCCUCAUUCUCUGAGCUGUACCGAGCGAAGACCUGCGCCACGCCUGCCCUUCACACUUCCAAGCAUUCCCAUCCCUUUAGCAGUGCCGCUACUGGCCUUCUCCCCUUUCACAUCCCCCUCUCCGCCAAGAGAGAGGAAAAUGAGGAAUCCAACGAUUCUUGCUGAACCUCCUGGGUUAGGUCUUAUUUUGGAGCGCAGUACAGCAGGGGAUGAGGUGAGAGUGCUUACUGUUCUUGUAGCGCUGAGCGGAUUUGCGCUGUGGGGUUUCUUUGCAUAGAUUUAGUCACAAUGUCGGUACAGCUAUUCCUCACUUAUAUCCGGUUUGAACUUGACUCAUAGAUGCAUAUGGUAGCUCUACGUAAUGUAUAAUUAAUACUUGCUGUCAUGACAUACAAAAUCACCCCAACCUCACAUAAGCGGCGCUCAAAGUGACUUCCUGGAAUCUCAGUACGGCUCGGUAAAGUCGGU